GUCGUUUUAAAGCGGCUUGAAGUCCGUUAAAGCAGAAAGUUGUUUGCAAAGAGAGCGCGUGCACGUGUUAAAGCUAAAUAGGUUAACGCGGCUAAGUGGCUCCUUCAACCCGCUCAGGUGAGCUCUCUGCCCGGCCAUGUCGUCCCCCUCCUCCUCCUCCUCCUCCAGGCGCCAGUGGUGCUACCUGUGCGACCUGCCCAAGAUGCCGUGGACCGUGGUGUGGGACUUCAGCGAGGUGGUCUGCAGGGGCUGCGUGAACUACGAGGGAGCGAACCAGAUCGAGUUCCUGAUAGCGAGUGCCCGGCAGCUGAAACGGACCCACGGGAUGCAGGACGGGAGCGUCAGGUCGCCUGGUCCAUCGCCCAAUAAACACGGAUCAUCCGGCAGGGAGGCAGCCACGGACGGAGGUAGGCUGCACAUGGAGCGCUUCGAGCGGGGAGGAAGAGGAGAAAGCACCGUGUCUGCGAUCCGUGUGCCCCCCAACGGGCUGCACCGGGACCAGCCGCCUGCAGAGGUGAACCGCCAGAGCCCCAGUGGGAGCAGGAGACCCAUGCUGGGAGCCGCCAUCCCUCCUAGUCUAGUCACUCAGAGCAUUGCAGGGAUCCCACAUGGGCUACUCACGGGCAUGCCUGCAGGUCUGACCGCCAGAACAGCCCCCAUGAGCAACCCCAUGAUCUUCCCCGCCCCGGUGCUGGCGGAGAUGAGCCGCAGACAGCUGGGCAUCGGGAUGGGCAUAGCCCCCUUUAUCACCCCAGAGCUGGAGCGAGAGCUGUCCCAGAACCAGCCCAAGAUACAGACACAGAUCCACACGGCGGUGGCUGGCAGCAGCAGCAGCAGCAAUGCCAGCAAGAGUUCAGGCCUCCCUACCUCGUCCUCCACCCUGGCUGGGGGGGUGAGCCAGACCAGCCCCAAGCCGGCCUCGUCCCCAGCCAGGCAGUCUCGCCCCCUGACGGCCAGGUCCGGUGGGGAGCCCCUGGGGUCCAGCAGCUCAGCAGAGGCAGCCACCACGGCUGCAGCGUUGCCCCACAGCGGUGCCUCUGAGCUGGGGUCAGCAUCCGCCAGCAACACCCACUCGACUGGAAACACUCUGUCGUGCACCUUGUGUCACGAGAGGCUGGAGGACACACACUUUGUCCAGUGUCCAUCAGUGCCGGGACACAGGUUCUGCUUCCCCUGCACCAGAGUGUACAUCCAGAGCCGGCGGGGCGAGGGGGAGGUGUACUGCCCCAGUGGGGAGCGCUGUCCGCUGGACAACUCUCUCAACAGCCCCCCCUGGGCCUUCAUGCAGGGAGAGGUCUCCACCAUACUGGGCACCGCCGGAGCCGGAGCUGCUUCAGCGUCUGCACCUGGAGGCGGUAACGGGACCGGGCCUGGAGCCGGAGCUGCAGCAGGAGCUCCACCUGGGGCUGGGGGUGGAGGAGGAGGAGGAGGAGGAGGAGCUGCAGGAGGAGACGUCACGGUGAAGAAGGAGAGAGAGACGUGAUGAAGACUUCCAUGGAACCAAACUAGGAUCCAAAACAGCAACAGAGUCGUAUCACACACCCGGAGAUGUCUGCAUGGAGCUCUGAGAGAUCAGGGAGAGAAGCAACACAGCCACCCACAGUUCAGAAAAAACCUCCAUUACAAAGGUUUUGACUCCAAGUACUCGCACCACCCAAUUCUAUCUAUUAUCAGCCCUAAAAUUGCCUUUAAGAUGUACUGUUGGAAUCAAAUAUUCAGGGACAAUCUGCAGCUGAACACUGGCUACUUUUUAGAGAGUUAGUAGUAGUUGAAACAUCUAAUCCUGCCCAGAUUAGCACUACCAGCUAGCUACUGUUAGCAGCUGAAAAUAAACAGGAUAAACACAUAGACUACUACUACAACACAAACUGACACCACCUUUGUAUUAAAAAAAGCUGUAAUCGCAUAAAGAAUAUUCACACCACAACUUGAAUAUGCACCUUAACAAACAUUCAGUGCCAACAGUCUGAAAUGUCUCCAUUUCUCGAUAUAACCAUCAAUGUAUUAAUUAAUAUAUAAUAGGCUGCUAAUGGUAGCAUGUUAGCACACCAUGAUGUUUACACUGCCCUACAAAGUCUAACUGUAGUAGCUUCAUUUUUGGUCAGAAUUUAAUUAUAACUAAAAAUGAACUCCUUGAUGUCUGUUUUAUCUUGUGACAAAGUUUUAGAUUUAAAUUUUGCUUUAUUUCAAAGAAAAAAUGAUAUAUAAGCUACAAAAUCAAGCUCAAAACCAAGCAGUAAUUGUACUUACCAUGGUCUGCUUUGGAUAUAUAUAUACUAAUUUAAACAUAAAAAUAAUAGAAAUUAUACGUUUAUUUGAAAAGGAAAAUUAUUAUCUAGAUAGUGAUGAAGUAAAAAAGUGAGAUAAAAUUAUAUUAAGUCUAAAAUAUAACAUUUCUUUAUAAUAUUAAGUCUAAAAUACACAAAUCUUUGAAUAGAGUUGUUAAACACUUUUAAAUACAUUUAUAACAAAAUCAAUUUGAAAAUGUUUAUUCACUGAAAACAAAAUAUAAAAGCUGAAAGAAGACAACAACAUUACUAUUAGAACCUUUUACAGCAAAACCAGAGUGCAGUAACUAAAUUUUUGGGGUCAAAGGUCAAAUAAAUCAUCAUGAUUUUUGAGCAUAAAUAUAACAUCAUCAAUACAUGUAGAAAUAAGUGUCAUAUCACUUAUCUACCUAUAACCUAGGGCUGGGCGAUAUGGACCAAAAGUCAUAUCCCGUAUGUUAAGGCUGAAUAUCAAUAUACGAUAUAUAUCCUGAUAUUUUUAUCCCAAAGUGAGAGAAAAUGUUCAGUCAAAGCGAAAUAUGACAUGUAACAAGUAGUUUUAUUAAAGCCCUUUAUUUAAGUGAACAUAAACCCUGUAUAACAACAGGAGUACCUU